AUGAGCCGCUACGCCACGGCAGACCACCAGAGCUCCCUUCCAUUUCACCUCCAGCCAUCCUCCGACACCGUGUUGCUUCACCAAGGCCGACAGCCAGAGCGAGGGCCGUCGUCAUCGCUGCCGAGAGGCCGCGGGCACGUCGUACCAUCGCAAGCACAGUCUCCCCAGAAUGCAUCUCGACGGAAACCUGUGCCAACCUCUCCCGAGUCUGUACGAGGUCCGGCAGCGACGUAUGCUCAUCGUCGUUCUAGCAGCUUGUCGGGCGUGAAUCCAGGAGUGGCUAAUCUCAAUCGCUGGUCGAGAUCAACGGCAUCCAGCGUGGCCAGCACUCAAUCGACUCACCAAAAACCGCCGUCGACACGGCGCAUGUCGGUAUCUGGGUCGACAACCUUCUUACUGGGCGCUGACAAUUCUUCGCCGCCGAAGAAGGCGUAUAGGAACCACUCCUCAACUGCAUAUCAGACCACUUCGACGCGUUCGGGCUUAGAUUCCUCAUUGACACUACUGCCGCCAAUUGUUACGCUCCCGAGUCUGGAGACAUCUGGACAUAAUACUUCUUCGCCUUUGACGGGGCCAGGCACACCUUCUCCCUCGACCGCGGGGAUAUUAUCUGCUGCUGUGCGUUCAACUGUUCCAGACUACUUUGGGGGGACUUGGGGGGACACAACUCCCCGAGGUAUCGCGACCACCGCCGACUCUCCUAGUCGGGACAAUCAAACAUCGAAGCGUCAGUCAGGAGAAGAGGAGAAACGAGGGUCAAAGGGACAUUCGAGGCAUCGCUCUGGUAAAGGCAGUAGUACGGGCUCGUCAAAUAGGCAGUCAAAGCAGCCCUCGCAAAAAAACAUGCUUUCCAAGGCACUCCAAAAGGCUAAUACUGCUGUCCUACUUGACAAUGCGCAGAAUUUCGAAGGCGCCAUGGAGGCGUAUUCAGAAGCUUGCACACUUUUACAACAGGUUAUGACCCGAAGUUCGGGGAAUGAGGAUAAGCGGAAAUUACAAGCAAUCCGCAAUACUUACACAAGUCGGAUAAACGAGCUAAAAAGAAUCACCCCCCACCUGCAAGACGAUGGUAAGGCGUUGCCUGAGCGGCCUGAGAGCGGAAGCCAUAAAGGACAUGAGUUCCAAUUAGAAGAUGAGGAAGAAGAGCCCGUACUUAUUGAGACUGCAACUGUCACGCGGAUAGUGAACGAUCAGUCAUACAUCCUGGAUCCAAAACUGCCUCGAUCCAUACCUACGUCGCAGUUACCAGUAAGAAGGGAGUCGUUGAUGCCAUCAGCUUUCGAUUCACUGCAUUUUGGAGGUCUGGACCCAGCUGUGCAGCGGGCUCAUUCGAAGUCUCCCAUGAGGGAACGCACAUUGGAAAUGAAUAUCAACCUUGCACCACCUAUGGAUAGCACAUAUAUGCCACCACCCCUUUCACCGCGCCAUCCACCUGAAAACAACACCUACCAUGGGCAGGAGAUGUCUGACCCGCAAACCACCAGCAGAUCCGCAAUUCCCCCCUUGAGAGGGCACGCCAGAGUACCCAGUAAUGAAUCUAUGUCCUGGUUAGACACGAUUGAUGAGUCGGGCGGAUCGACUGCGUCAUCCGUUCAUUCAAGGUCUUCCUCGAUGGGAGUUCGGAGGAAACGAAUUCGCGCAGCUAGCGGCGCUACUGAGGCCGAAUUUGAUGCAGCCUUGGACGCUGCUGUGGAGGCCGCCUACGAUGAUGGGUUUGAGCCGAUGGAUAAUUCAAACCAGCGAGACCGUUACAAUUAUGAUGAUGCUGAUGAUGAUGAUGAGAUUGUUGCGAAUGUCAGGCGAAAGGUGGAGUUGGCGAAGGAGAGAGUUCGGCAGACGGAGCGCGAAACUGCUAUCCAUGAUGCUCGCGAGCGGGAAAGAAAACGCCUCCAGUCCAGGAUAGAACCUCAAAGCAGCCUCGAUGAUGACUACGGCAACGAAUCUGAAGAAGAGGAACGAAUGCUCGAAGAGAUGACUCGGGAUUAUGUGAUGGAUGGCUUUGAAUUUGGCCUGCAAUCCAAAUCCGCCUUGCCACGCGAGUCUGAUUCAAGUGGGUUUUCAGGGAGGACGUGGAACAGCUCGAUAGGAUCCAAUCCAACGACAGCUGGAACGACACUGUCCACGGUUACGGAAGCGGCUCUGGUCCCAGAGGUGCCAAUGAUGCAAAACAAAGCAACUAGCCAUCCACCACCUGCCCAAGCCCUUCCUCCGGUUCCCUCGUCAAUCGUAGCACCCCAACAAGAUUUUGCUCCUGCCACUCAAGGCGUUCGUGGGAGACGCCUUUCUGGGCAGAACCCCAAACAACUGAAAAUUGAAACUACCACCGCUCCCUCAGACUCAUUAUCUCAACCUCCAUCGAUGCCGCCGCCGCGGGUUCCCGACGGUGGUCCUCCUAGUGCUGUCCAUCCGAAGACGGCGGGGUUUUCAUCGCAGCGGCCACCUUUCUCGGGAGCUGCAGGUCGAGGACCUAUACCACAAUCCGCACGCCAAGCUUCAUCUCCUUUCCCGGCCUCCAACUCCUCCGAAAUCGUAUCUCCACCAACCCCUACCCUGGCGCGAACAUUCACAAAUGAGAGUGACUCGAAUGGGCUACCGCGGUCUGGCUCGCCCGGCCGUGCCCAGUCUAGAGCCGGAUUGCGCAAGAACUUCUCUUCCUCGAGUUUGAAGAACUUGAAGAGCCGUAAUCUUUCUGUAUCAAAUGCCGACGACGGAUCCGAUGUUUCGCCCAAUACGCCAGCGAGCUCGCAGUUCAACCCAAGGGACAUGAACGGGAGAUUACCUGCAAUGCCAACAUUGCCUACACCGAUCGCCGCCGCUUUCAAAGAUAAAAUGAAUGGGGCUCCAGCGGGCGGGCUUUAUCUGUUUAACAGCGAUAUCCACUCCCCGGAUAGCCCUGGCUCGCCUAACCCCCUAAGUGCAGAUGCGCCCAUACCUCUUGAGCCCUGUCCAAAUGAGUUCCUGCUUCGACCCUUCUGGCUUAUGCGGGCUCUCUACCAAACCAUCGCACAUCCUCGGGGUGGCUAUCUUUCGACGAAGCUCUUCGUCCCCCGUGAUGUUUGGAAAGUGAAAGGUGUCAAGAUUAAAAGCGUUGAGGACAAGAUCGCAAAUUGUGACUUCUUGACCGCCGCACUUAUGAAGCUUGCCACGGUCGACACAUUUGAUGCCGAUGCUGUUCUAGAAGAGAUGCAAUCUUUGGAGGGAGUUCUUGAACAAGUUCAAGUAACCCUAAGUAAGAAAUUGGGGAGCGAGGUUGGUGUCCAAGGAUCUGGAGGUAUAUUCAAGGACGUGCCCGUCGGUGGAGAUGCGGAAGGCAAUAACACAUCCUCAAAAUCAGGCAGUACGUCAACUAAGUCUUCGUUUUCAUGGCGGAGACUCCGAUCGAAGAAUUCUGGUGCAGCUCUCGCAAAUACAUAUUCGAACAAAGCCGCGGCGACGGAUGCGCCAAAAGAAGGGUUAAGCAUGGGCACUUUGCCUAUGACAACGACCUCGUUGGCCAAAGUGCGUUUUGCCAAGAGGGAUGUCCACGACGUGCAGUGUUCUGGUCCAAAUGCGAACUACAUGGGGGCGUUGGCGCGACUUUUCGACGCGGCGCAAACCAUCGAUCAAAUCGCGCGUCAAGUCGAAGACCCGGGCCUACGACACCAAGACAAAACCCAAGUUGGUCUUGAACUCUGCACUCGCCACGCCGCCGAAUUUUUCGGCUUCUACGUCUGUCGCUUCGUCCUCGCCGAUGUAGCCUUGCUAUUGGACAAAUUCAUCAAAAGGGGAAGCGAGUGGGUGCUCGUCUAA